AACGAGCAAAUCCGACAGAGAUAAGAAGAAGAAAGAUAGAGACUCCAGUUUUCUUCCUCGACUUCGCUCCGAGGAAUUGCAGUCGUUUAACGCGCCUCUGAUGCGACAUACGUCGACGACGACGACGACGACGACGACGUCUUCGACAUGAGACCUGGGGCGAGUGUCCUGCUGAUCGGGCUCCUUGCAGUGUGCCAGGGUCAAGUGAUGUUCAGCAACGACUGGAUGAGAGGUCUCUUCUCCAGCAUCGAACGACUUAAUCAGGAUCUUCAGGGGAACAUCCAGCGGAUGAACGAGCAGAUCCAGGCGAACCUGAGGACUCAGCUGGCCAGGGUCGAUCAGCUGACGCAGGACGCCGUCCGGACUGCGGAGAAUGCAGGGAGCAGCAAUCAAUACACCGUGGUCAAUCCCGGGGGACAGUCGAUUGUGGUGAACAGUGGCCAAUCAGCUGUAAGAACCGUCAUUUCCGGCCACACGAAAGACGGGCAGCCAUACUUUCGGGACAGCGAGGACAAAAUCAUUGGCGACACUUUGCAUCACACUGACAAGAGUUACAAUGCAGCCGGCGAUUUAGUUAACGAACACAAGUACACUCUGGACUUGAAGAAGCCCGACGCCCGGCCGGAGCCUGUAAAAGCCGUAUAAAUGGCCAAAGUUGGCCAAUUUCCGGCGGACAUUGUUGCGAGAUCCUCUAUUCCCACGGUCCACUGAAACAGAUCGAGAUAUAUCAUCUGGAAUCAUUUUGUAGAAUUUUUUAAUAAAUCUGAGUUCGGGUACAGGAGCUGAAA